AUGACACCGCUAAUCGCUCUUCAAUUUGCAUUGACGUUUUUUGCUGUUUUCGGUUGCUUUGGUCUUGCAUUUUGGUUUGGUACCAAACUCUACCUUGAAGGUCACUUGGACAACUUUGGGACAAUAACAGUUGUUUUGCUUUCGAUGACCAUGAUCGUCUUUUCAUUAGAGCGGGUGGCUACGCCUUUAUUAGCUCUUAGCAAAGCUAGUGCUGCGGCUCGCCAAUUUCUCAACGUAAUUGAUGCUCCUCAGCCAAGCCAAGGUCAACUCAAAAGUCCAGAAGUCAAUCCCAAAGAAGAUAUUUUUCUCAAGCAAGUCACAUUUGCUUAUCCUGGUCGACCACAUAUUAAAAUUUUAGACGACCUGGACCUACGAAUAGAAGCUGGGAAGACAACCGCUAUUGUUGGACCAUCUGGAUCUGGGAAAAGUACUAUCAUUGGACUCAUAGAGCAAUGGUAUACCCUCAACAAAUCGCCUAUUCCAAUGCCCGAAGAGCAUGGGGGCGCAAUAAAACCGAGCGGAGCCGUCCUUAUUGGAGACCGCUCUCUGGACGAAGUAGACUUGAAGUGGUGGAGAUCUCAAAUUGGCUUGGUUCAACAAGAGCCCUUCCUCUUCAAUGGGACAAUUUACACAAAUGUUGCUAAUGGCCUUAUUGGAACUCAAUGGGAAAGUAGCUCUGAGGAGCAAAAGAGAAAAUUGGUUACACAAGCGUGUAAAGAGGCAUUUGCAGAUGAGUUCAUUAAUAAGCUUCCAAUGGGCUACGAAACGCCUGUUGGUGAUGGAGGUACAAAGUUAUCUGGUGGACAGCGCCAACGAAUUGCUAUCGCCCGGGCGAUCGUUCGCCAGCCUAAUAUCCUAAUUUUCGAUGAAGCAACAAGCGCCAUAGAUGUGCGAGGCGAAAAGAUUGUACAGGCUGCUCUUGAUCGAGCUGCUCAGUCGCGCACCACUAUUACUAUUGCGCAUCGUUUGUCAACAGUACAAAAAGCCGACCGUAUAGUCGUUCUACGACAAGGCAGGGUGGUAGAAUCCGGGACUCAUGAGAGUCUUUUGGCUAUACCUAAUGGCACCUACUCUAGUCUUGUGCAUGCUCAAAACAUAUCCCUUGGGGAUGAAACAAAAGAGACUAGCAUGGAAAGAAGCUCGGAAGAUGAUAUGGAGACGGCCAUUCUACCCCAAAAAGACAAGCCCGAGUUGACCGUUGAGGAUGUCUCAAGUCAUCCUAUCGAGCAACAUUCUCGAAGCUUUUGGAAAAGCUUUGGGCGACUGUUGUAUGAGUCCAAAGAUAGCCACUAUCUCAUGAUUCUCAUUUUCGUCUUCACAGCUUCUGCAGGAGCAACAGGACCAAUACAAGCACUACUUUUUGCUCAUGUUAUUGAUGUUUCCAAAUACACAGGGUCCAAACUAAGAUCAGAGAGUGAAUUUUGGAGUGGCAUGUUUGGAGUGCUUGCUGCAGGAGCUGGCAUUUCUUACUUCGGGUCAUUAUCAACCUCAUUACGCAAUGGGCUCAUUAUCCGCUCAAAAUACCAGAAGGAAUAUUUUGAGUCAACUCUCUGGCAGAGGAUGGCAUUUUUUGAUCAAGAAGAGCAUUCUCAAGGCGCUAUCGUCGCUCGUGUAGCGUCUGACCCACAGCGGCUGGAUGAGCUCUUAGGCGCCAGUAUGGCGAGCGUCUACAUUGCCGUCUUUAGCAUCGUCGGCUCUGUAUCAAUAGCAUUUGCUUUUGGAUGGAAACUGGCUGUGGUUGCAUGCUGUGUCGUCCUCCCAAUCAGCAUCGUCGCAUCAUUCUUUCGAUUCAAAUACGAGCUGCAGUUUGAGAGAAUGAACAAUGAAGUUUUCGCUGAAAGCUCCAAGUUUGCUUCUGAGUCAAUUGCUGCUUUCAGGACUGUGAGCGCCUUCACCUUGGAAGAGACUAUAUGUACGCGGUUUGAGACUCUUUGUCGAAAUCAUGUGGUUGCAGCCUUUAAAAAAGCUCGAUGGGCAACAUUCCUCGUUGGCCUAUCCGAUAGCGCAACUAUACCCUGCCAAGCUCUGCUUUUGUAUUACGGAGGCCGCUUGCUUGCCAAUGGAGAGCUCACGGUACUCAAAUUCUUCGUAUCUUUUAUGGUUGCCUUGAACGCGGGAGAAGCUGCGGGACAAAGUUUGAGUUAUGGGCCGAGCGCAGCUCAAGUCACAACUGCCUCAAAUAGAAUAUUGGAUAUGCGAGAGUCUCGUUUUCAGGACAAGAUUGAAGCGCAUGAAGAAAUUCCGGAAUCCGACGGGGGUGUCAAAAUUGAACUUCGGAACAUUCACUUCAAAUAUCCCACACGAGACGUGCCCGUCUUUGAAGGACUCAACCUGACGAUUGAGAAGGGGCAAUUCGCUGCUCUAGUUGGAGCGUCUGGCUGCGGGAAGACCAGCAUUAUAUCGCUCUUAGAAAGAUUUUACGAUCCUACAGAAGGACAAAUAUUGUACAACGGAAAAGAUAUUGCCGGAUUUAGUGUGAAAUCAUAUCGCAGGCAGCUAUCAUUAGUUUCCCAAGAGUCUUCUUUAUUUCAUGGUUCAAUCAGAGAAAAUAUCCUGCUAGGUGUAGACUCAUCAACAGUAUCUGAUGAACAACUUCAUCAAGCUUGCCGCGAUGCAUCGAUUCACGAUUUCAUUGUGUCUUUGCCCGAGGGGUAUAGUACUGCUGUUGGAUCCCGUGGUGUAUCGCUCUCUGGUGGUCAAAAGCAGCGAAUUUCUAUUGCCCGCGCCCUUAUCCGAAGCCCUAAACUCUUAUUGUUGGACGAAGCAACAAGCUCCCUGGAUCCAGAGAAUGAGAAGCUCGUACAAGAAGCUCUUGAGCGCGCUUCAAAAGGUAGAACAAUGGUUGUUGUGGCGCACAAGCUUUCUACUGUGAGAAAUGCAGAUGUCAUUUUCGUCUUUGGGGACGGCAAGAUACUAGAGAAUGGAAGUCAUUCUGAAUUACUUGAACGGAAUGGAGUUUAUUGGAGGAUGUGCAAAAGUCAAGCUUUGGACGCCUAG